GAUGCCGCGAGAGGAAACGUCGCAGACCUGCGCUUCCAGCGCUGCUCCUCACCUUCCGCUGCCCAGGGCCACGUCUGGUACCCGCAGCCCGGCCCUGACCCUGCCGGCAUCCGUGGGGAGGAGCCCCCAGCCUUGGUGAGGCUUUCCCCAACCUACGCGGUCGUGGGCAUCCACCCGGCACGUGGGGACCGGCAGGAGGGCUGCAGGGUGCAGGUCGAGUUCUACGUGAAUGAAAACACCUUCAAGGAACGGCUGAAGCUCUUCUUCAUCAAAAACCAGCGGUCGAGCCUGAGGAUCCGGCUUUUCAACUUCUCGCUGAAGCUGCUCACCUGCCUCCUCUACAUCGUCCGCGUCCUGCUCGACAACCCCGAGGAGGGCAUAGGCUGCUGGGAAUGCGAAAAGCAGAAUUACACGGUAUUCAACCAGUCCACGAAGAUAAACUGGUCACACAUCUUCUGGGUGGAUAGAAAAAUGCCGCUGUGGGCUGUGCAGGUCAGCAUAGCUUUAAUCAGCUUUCUGGAGACCAUGCUGCUCAUCUAUCUCAGCUACAAGGGGAACAUCUGGGAACAGAUUUUUCGCAUCUCGUUCAUCCUUGAGAUGAUCAACACGGUGCCAUUUAUUAUCACGAUAUUCUGGCCUCCUUUGCGGAAUUUGUUCAUUCCUGUGUUUCUGAACUGCUGGCUGGCCAAGUACGCCCUGGAGAACAUGAUCAAUGACCUGCACCGAGCCAUACAAAGGACCCAGUCUGCAAUGUUUAACCAGGUGCUCAUUCUGAUCUGCACUCUCCUGUGUCUCGUGUUCACGGGGACCUGUGGCAUCCAGCAUUUAGAAAGAGCAGGUGAGAAGCUCUCCCUCUUCAAGUCCUUCUAUUUCUGCAUUGUCACCUUUUCCACCGUGGGCUACGGAGACGUGACACCAAAGAUCUGGCCUUCCCAGCUCCUCGUCGUGAUCAUGAUUUGCGUCGCCCUGGUCGUGCUGCCGCUCCAGUUCGAGGAGCUCGUCUACCUGUGGAUGGAGCGGCAGAAGUCAGGAGGCAAUUACAGCCGCCACCGUGCCCAGACGGAGAAACACGUCGUCCUUUGUGUCAGCUCCCUCAAGAUUGAUCUCCUCAUGGACUUCCUCAAUGAGUUUUACGCCCACCCGCGCCUGCAGGAUUACUACGUGGUGAUACUUUGCCCAACAGAGAUGGAUAUCCAGGUGCGGCGGGUCCUGCAGAUCCCUCUGUGGUCGCAGCGAGUGAUCUACCUCCAGGGCUCCGCGCUGAAGGACCAGGACCUCAUGAGAGCCAAGAUGGACAACGGCGAAGCCUGCUUCAUUCUCAGCAGCCGAAACGAGGUGGACCGCACCGCGGCGGACCACCAGACCAUCCUGAGAGCCUGGGCUGUGAAAGAUUUUGCUCCGAACUGUCCUCUCUACGUUCAGAUCCUAAAGCCCGAAAACAAGUUCCAUGUCAAGUUUGCCGAUCAUGUUGUCUGCGAAGAGGAGUGCAAAUACGCCAUGCUGGCGCUGAACUGCGUCUGCCCUGCCACCUCCACCCUCAUCACGCUGCUGGUGCACACCUCCCGUGGCCAGGAGGGCCAGGAGUCCCCGGAGCAGUGGCAGCGGAUGUACGGGCGCUGCUCGGGCAACGAGGUGUACCACAUCCGCAUGGGCGACAGCAAGUUCUUCAUGGAGUACGAGGGGAAGAGCUUCACCUACGCCGCCUUCCACGCGCACAAGAAGUACGGCGUCUGCUUGAUCGGCAUCCGGAGGGAGGAGAACAAGAGCAUCCUGCAGAACCCCGGCCCGCGGCACAUCAUGGCAGCGUCCGACACCUGCUUCUACAUCAACAUCACCAAGGAGGAGAACUCUGCCUUCAUUUUCAAGCAGGAGGAGAAGCAGAAGAAGAAGGGCUUUGCAGGGAGAGGCACCUACGACGGCCCAUCCCGCCUGCCUGUGCACAGCAUCAUCGCCAGCAUGGGUACAGUAGCCAUGGACCUGCAAAACACGGAGUGCCGCCCCGCCAACAGCAGCAAGCUGGCGCUGCCGGCGGAGAACGGCUCCGGGGACCCCCGGAUGACGCAGUCGGAUGAGGAGGGGUCGGCGGUCGUGGAGUACGUGAAAGGCUACCCACCAAACUCGCCCUACAUCGGGAGCUCCCCGACGCUGUGCCACCUUUUACCCGAGAAAGCCCCAUUCUGCUGCCUGAGGCUGGACAAGGGCUGCAAGCACAACAGCUUUGAAGAUGCCAAAGCCUACGGGUUUAAGAACAAACUGAUUAUCGUUUCGGCAGAGACGGCUGGGAACGGACUGUAUAACUUCAUUGUCCCCCUUCGUGCGUACUAUCGGUCCCGCAAAGAGUUGAACCCAAUCGUGUUGCUGCUGGACAACAAGCCGGAGCACCACUUUCUGGAAGCCAUCUGUUGUUUCCCCAUGGUUUACUACAUGGAGGGCACGAUCGACAACCUGGACAGCUUGCUGCAGUGCGGCAUCAUCUACGCCGACAACCUGGUGGUUGUGGACAAGGAGAGCACGAUGAGCGCCGAGGAGGACUACAUGGCGGAUGCAAAGACAAUUGUCAACGUCCAGACCAUGUUCAGGCUCUUCCCCAGCCUCAGCAUUAUCACAGAGCUGACUCACCCCUCCAACAUGAGGUUCAUGCAGUUCAGAGCAAAGGACAGUUACUCUCUUGCCCUUUCCAAGCUAGAAAAGAAAGAGCGAGAGAACGGCUCCAACCUGGCCUUCAUGUUCCGGCUGCCCUUUGCGGCCGGGAGGGUCUUCAGCAUCAGCAUGCUGGACACGCUGCUCUACCAGUCGUUCGUGAAGGACUACAUGAUCACCAUCACUCGGUUGCUGCUGGGCCUCGACACCACGCCAGGCUCUGGCUACCUCUGUGCGAUGAAGAUCACUGAAGAUGACCUGUGGAUCCGGACAUACGGCCGCCUCUUUCAGAAGCUCUGCUCUUCCAGUGCGGAGAUUCCCAUCGGGAUUUACAGGACGGAGUCACACAUGUUCGCAACCUCCGAGCCCCACGACAUCAGAGCGCAGUCACAGAUCUCAAUCAAUGUUGAGGACUGUGAGGACACGAAGGACGUCAAGGAGCACUGGGGCAUCAAGACCAGCCACCACAGGAACUCGUGCUCCAGCGACCAGUCCGAGCACCCGCUGCUGCGGCGCAAGAGCAUGCAGUGGGCGCGCCGGCUGAGCAGGAAGGGCAACAAGCACUCCAGCAAGACGGCCGAGUGGAUCAGCCAGCAGCGCCUCAGCUUGUACCGGCGCUCCGAGAGGCAGGAGCUUUCCGAGCUCGUCAAAAACCGUAUGAAGCACCUGGGCUUGCCCACGACCGGGUACG